AUGCAAAUCUCGAACCAGCAGACUCAACCUCUAUUUCCGAACCGAACGGGCGGCUACGCACAAUCGCAACCUUCAUACGCUCAAACGAACCCGUAUCACCAAUCUUUCACGCCGCCUCCUAUGCCACAGAUACCUGAGCAAUACAACGCCUUUUUCGCGCCGUCGCAGCCGCAGCCACAAGCGCAACAACAGUAUCAGUCCAUGUCCAAUCCUACAAGUCCAGGAAACCCCUUCCUCAAAUCAUCUCGGAGCCAGACAUUUGCAACAACCGAAGUCACAAGCUCGAACCCUUUCGGGCAAACGCCGUUCCAGCAAUUUUCAACGCAGCCGCAGCCAACCCUGUCUCAACAGCAAAUGCCUAAUCCGUGGUCUCAGCAACAACAGCCGCCCCAGCAGCAGCAACAGCAACAGCAACAGCAACAGCCAUUGCAACAACAAAACCAAGUUCCAGCCCCUCAAGUAAACCCCUGGCAGAGCCAAGUCGGCUAUCAAGCCCAGAAUCCGCUCCAAAACCACCAGACGCAACAGCAAAACUUCCAGAAUCAACAGCUGCUAUACCAGCAACAAAGCUCCAACCCCUUCGACAAGAACGCUUCCAUUCUCUCCCUGUACAAUCAGCCGCAGACGGCAUCGCGCCAAACGGAACAGCAACCAGCCCAGCCGACAGCUGUGCAAACAUCUGCACCUGCUGCACAGGUACCCCAGUCGAAUCCAUUUGGUGGCAUGUCUGCUGCGCCUCAAGGUCAGCCACUGUCAGCUGUACACAGCCCGGGAGUGAGACACGUCAGCAACGAGAGUGUGGAUUUCUCUGGGUUAAUGGGUGGACGCCAUUCGCCUGAUGCCUUUUCAGGCCUGAGUGCUAGUUUCAGACGUUGA